AUGUGGAAGCACUUUCUCACCGCGCUGUUGGCGACAUCGCCCAUCUCGGCUAGAUGGGUAGAGCAACAGCCAAUUGAGCAAGACUACCUACCAGCUUCGGCCAUAAGAGACACGUUGAAAGACAACAAGAUCAUUGGGGAUGUCCUCGACGAUUUUGAGCCAACCUUCUACCUCGACAUCGCCUACCCCGAAUACCACGAAACUGUCCUCUUGGGCAAUGAUAUCCCGGUGAAGCAUGUCCAGCAUCGCCCAACUUUCGUCAUUCAUGCCAUCAACGCCCAAAGUGACAUCAAUUUGUUCACAGACAACGCCACCUUUACCCUGGCUCUAACUGACCCUGAUGCCAAGUCACGCAACAAUCCGAAGUGGUCAGAGAUGUGCCAUUGGUUGCUGUCGAACCUCACUACCGACCUCCCUGGACCGGCACCGCCUCCGCCACAAGAGCCGCCCAAGCUCUUCAAGGUACCUGGCGAGCUAAAGGGAUACAAACCGCCUGGUCCGCCACCCAAGACAGGUGCCCACCGAUACGUCUUUGUGCUGCUGCAAGGUAGCACACAUGAUCUCUCACCACCAAAGGACCGCCAGCAUUGGGGAUAUGGCGAGCCGAGGCAUGGCGUCCGGGAUUGGGCUAGGGAGAACGAUCAGAAGGUCGUCGGUGCCAAUUUUUUCUUUGCACAGAAUAAGAAGCAGUGA